AUGCCUCCGCCUCCCUCCCCCUCCACACAGCCCUCACGCGGUCCCCCCUCUUCCCUCCCCCUUCUCCCCACUCCCCCGACCGUCUCCCGCGGGGGCCGCUCAGCAACCGCGGGCCCGAGGACCCCCAGCCGGGAGCGGCUGGCGGUGGGGGGUCGCGUGCUGGGCGGCGGGCGCCCCGUCGGCCACCUGCCGGCGCCCCCUUCCCCCACCCUCCCCCGUCCACGGCCCCGGCCCCUCCCCCCUGGCCCGGGGCCCCUUGACGAGGUGGGGAGGAGGCUCGAAACCAAGGAGGCGAGGGGUCCCCGAGCCGGCCGCACGGCCCCGGCUCCCCCCACCGCCGCCAGCCCCGCCGCCAAGCGCACCCCGCUGCGGGCCGACCACUCGCUCGGGGUCCGCGCCCCCUCCCCCUCCCCCUCCCCCUCCCGGCCCCCCCCGGCCGUCCAGCCGCGACCCGCCCCCCGCCCCCAGCCCGCCGACCCCCCCGCCGGCCCGCGCCGGCCCCAGGAGCUGCAGGAGUGCCUGAGGAGGCUCAGCGCCGCCCGCUCCUCGCUGCGCGGGCCGCGCCCGGCGGCCUGGUCAGGGGUCGCCCCCCGGCGGCCCACUCCGCCGGACCCUCAGCCCGGACCCUCGGGCCUCCAGGGGGGCGGAGGGUCGUCGCCACGGAGCCAGGACCAGCAGGAGGCGCUCCUGCGGGAGGAGCGGCGGCGUAGGCUGAAGAAUCAAGAGACUCUCACAGUCGGGACAGGACUGGUCGGACUGGGGAACCUGGGGAACACGUGUUUUAUGAAUGCAGUUCUGCAGUGUCUCAGCAAUACCAGCGGACUUCGGGACUACUGCAUCCGCAGGGAAUAUCAGCUGGAAGGAACUGGAUACAGAAAGAAGCACUGCGAGCUGAUGGAUGCCUUUGCCAGCCUGAUAGCGGCCCUGUGGGAACCCUCCACUUCCGGCUCCGUCAAUCCCAUCCAGUUCCAGCAAAAAUUCCAGAAGCUUGUGCCGCACUUUGCGGGCUACAGCUCCUUCCUGUCGACUCUGCCCGGACCCCUCGUGAUUAUGAACAACCCUAUCCAACCUCCAGGAGUAAGGAUGUCUCGCUGCAACUGUAUCGACCCCUUGGUGAGACCCCACCUGGAAUAUUGUGCACAGUUUUGGUCUCCUUACCUGAGGAAGGAUGUACUUGCCUUAGAGGGAGCACAACGGAGGCUGAUCCCUAAGGAUGGUGUGAUUGUCUUUCAGCAGGAUGCCCAGGAAUUUCUCCGCUUCCUGAUGGACAGGCUCCACGUAGAGAUUAACCGGAAAACACGGAAAACUCCCAAUAUCAUGUCGCUGUCUGGGACCCAAGUCCCCUCCGACAACGUGGAGCGAUUGCGUGAUGAUGAAAAAUCGAUGCAGAUGUGGAAGCGAUACUUGGAGAGAGAUGACAGUAAAAUUGUAGAUCUCUUUGUAGGACAGUUGAACAGCACCCUUCGCUGCACCACCUGUGGCUACAAAUCCACCACCUUCGAGGUCUUUUGCGACCUGUCACUGCCGCUCCCUAAGAGGCUGUCCAUGGGAGACCGCGUCUCGCUGUCCGAGUGCCUCAGCCUGUUCACCGCCGAGGAGGAGCUGGACACCGACAACGCUCCGCUGUGUGGGAGGUGUAACCAGAGGAAGAGAAGCACCAAGAGAUUAACAAUCCAGAGAUUUCCUACGUUCCUCGUUCUCCACUUGAACCGGUUCUCCCUCAGUCACUACGGGAUUAGGAAGUCCACCAGCCACGUGGAGUUCCCGCUGUACGGGCUCAGUUUGUGGCAGUGUGCCGCCAACAAAGCAGGGAAUCCCAUAUACGAUCUCUACGCAGUGUGCAACCACACCGGGACAGUGAACGGAGGGCACUACACAGCCUACUGCAAGUCCGGAGGGAAGUGGCACGUCUACAACGAUUCCAGGGUCUCGCUGAUGCAAGAGAAUCAGGUCGUGUCCACUGAGGCCUACGUGCUCUUCUACCAGUUGGACGAGACCCGCUCGAUUAGAUGAAGGGAUUUGGGGGCAGCAGGGUGGGUGGGGGUGGUGGGUC